GGCUGCGGCGGGAGCGAGCCCGGAGCUGCCCUGCGUCUCCGCUCCGCCGCCCGCCUCCUGCCCCGGGCGCGGCCACCGGGCUGCGGCCCCGGCGGAGCGGGGAUCCCGGAGGCCGCCGCGGGAAAGCGGGGCGGGGGGGGGGGGGGGAUGCUUGGCAGCGCUCCGCGGAGCAUCCCGCCGCACGGGCGUCCCCGCCAACCGCCCUGCGCGGCGCCGGGGCUGGGGGCCGCGGGGCGGGCAGCCCGUCGGUAGCCUUCCCCCCCGCCGCCGCUCCCGGCAGCGGGAUCUCCCCUCGACCCUCACCGCGGGCGCCCCGGCCCCUGCGCCCGCUUCCCGCGGAGGAUGCUCCUGGGCGGCGGCCGGCCCCCCGCCCGCUGCCCGGCCCGCGGCUCCCGCUUGCCGGUGCUGCCCCGGGGGCCAGCGGCCUGGGCCGGGCGCCGCGUCCCGGGCGGCGGUUCUCGGCCUCCGCAGGACGGGAUGAUCCCCCGGCGGGGUCCCGGCGCUCCAGGGACGGCGAGAGAGGAGGAAGCCCCGGGGCCGCGCUCCGCCUGCGGGACGCCGAGGUACCGGUGAGGCUGGUUCUGCGCCCGGGACCCGCCGCGGAGCCGCCGUCGGCCCCCGGUCCCGCACGGUCCCCCCGGGGGGCCGGGAGAAGCUGUCGCCAGCCCCCGCUGGGAGGCGAAAGGUGGAGCCUGGCCAGUUCCCGCAGAGCGUCCGUUCCUGCUUCUUGCUGGCCGGCCCCGUCCUGGCGCGGUGCCGCCGGCUGCCUCGGGGCUCCGGGCCCGGCCUCCCCCGCCCGCCGCCCCCGGCAGCCAUGCCUGCCCCCGGCCGCCCGCUGUCCGGCCGCCCGGCCCGCAGCCUCACCCGCCUGCGCCUCCAGCGCACCUGGCUGCAGAUCCUGCUGGUGCUGGGCUUUGUCCAGGUGAUCCUGGGCGUCCUGAUCGUCACCUUCAGCCUGGUGGCGGCCACCAUCACCCCCUCCGCCAGGAUCCGCCACUCCUGCCCGUCCUGGGCCGGCUUCUCGCUGGCGCUGUCUGGGCUUGUCGGCAUCGUCUCCUGGAAGCGGCCGCUCACCCUGGUGAUCACCUUCUUCACGCUGCUGUCAGUGCUGGGCAUCAUGCUGAGCCUUGCCGGGUCCAUCCUGUCCUGCCAGAACGCGCAGCUGGUGAAGUCCCUGGAGGCCUGCGAGAGGGAGAAGGACUUGUGUGUCUGCUGCCAGGCCCGCUCAGAGCCCCCACCUGCCUCCUGCAGCCAGCAGAGCGAGAUGCUGACCAUGUUCCCCAACCCCAACUGCCGGAGCAUCCGUGUAGCACUCAAGGACCUCCUCUUCAGUGUCUGUGGCUUGACUGUCUUCUCCACCAUCAUCUGUACGCUCUCCGCUGUUGUGUGCUGCAUCCAGAUCUUCUCCCUUGACAUAGUCCAUGUGCUGGUCCCCCAGCGCUCGAGCUCCAUGACGCUGGAAUGCACGUCCCCCCCUGACACCUUUCUGCAGAACAUGAUGGACUUCGAGGAGUUUGUGCCCCCAGUGCCGCCGCCCCCCUACUACCCCCCCGAGUACACCUGCAGCUCCGAGACGGAUGCGCAGAGCAUCACCUACAACGGCUCCAUGGACAGCCCUGUGCCCCUCUACCCGACUGACUUCCCCCCUUCCUACGAGACCGUGAUGGGGCUGCGGGGAGACAGCCAGGCCACCCUGUUUGACUCGCAGCUGACGGACGGCUCACAUGCCUGCACCUGCGACCGCGUCCCCUCCAUCGUGCUCAGUGGGGAAGUGUCCAUGGACAGCGGGUCCCUGAUCAUGUCCGAGAUCAUGGACAUCCCUGGGGACAGCAGCCCCUCGGAGGACUCGUGCCUGCUGGAGCUGCAGGGCUCCAUGCGCUCCGUCGACUACGUCCUCUUCCGCUCCAUCCAGCGCAGCCGCGCGGACUACUGCCUGAGUGUGGACUGCGUGCAGUGCAGCCACCACGCGCGCAGCCCCACGCUGGGCUUGCAGGGACCCUUCGAGGAGACGCCGCAGCCCCGGGUGCGGGGGGAGCGCUCCUACUCCUGCUCCACGGCAGAGCCCGGCCACGACGGCAUCUUGGUGGGGGGAGCCGUCACCCACAGCUGCAAUCGCCUGGAGGGGCUGGCCCGCUGCAUGGGGCCCUGCUUCCCCGAGGUGCGGCUCAAGGACAAGGGCUCUCUGCAGGGGCGCGGGGGCGGCCGCACUGCGGGGCCCAACACCGGGCGUCUCUGCCACCCGCGGCGCAACAGCGAGACCUCCUGCCCCUCAUCCCCGGCCCCGGGGCUGAGCCAGCACCCGCUCGUCAGGUCGCACAGUGACCCCGGCGUCCUGAUGGCCAGCCACACUGCAGAUUUCAGGGAAGUACUUUAUACCAAAGCACUGGAGGACACCACGUCCAACUCCUCUGCGGAUACAGGGCUGUGCUCGGAGGCCUGCCUGCUCCGCCAUUCACACUGUGACUCCCCACUGCUGCUCCGGGCUGGAUCUGUGGGGAAGAGCAAGCUGCUGCCCUCCAAGAAGGUGCCGCAGCAGCUGUCAAAGACGACGACCCGCUCCCUGGGGGACCUCAAGGUCUGCCGGGGCACCCGCGGGCUGGUGGCCAGGUUCCUGCAGCGACCCAAGCGCAGCCCAGCAGCCGGUGUGGAGGUGUCUGGGCACAGCUUCCAGGGGCACAAGCAGCCUGUCCCCACGGUGUUGCAGGUGCCCUGGAGCGCCUGUCCGGGAGCAGAGCGGCCCCAUGAAGGCAUCCACCUGCAAAGCUGCGGGGACCUGAGCUCUACCUCGUCCCUGCGACGGCUCCUGUCUGCCCGCCGCCUGGAGCGCAGCCGCCCGCGGAGCCUCAGCGGGACCUGCAAGGAGAGCAUCCUCUGACAGCAUACCCCCACCGACGGCGCAGCCUCUACUGGGACCCUCCCGGUGGCCUGGUGUGGGUGCCCCACUGUGGAGAGGGGGUCCCGCUCUGGGCCAGGGCCUGUGGACAUUGCUUGGACGUUGCUGCUGCCCCAGCAGGGCUGGGUCCUGCGCCACUGCCGCGGGGUCUCUGCUGGGCCCCUUCCCCAGGCAGCACCAGGGCGAGGGGCUGGUCCCCUGGGGCAUCCGCUGGGGGCCGAGAUGGCCAUGCCUGUCCCCUGCCCUGUCCCCUGUGCCAGCCGUGCCUCUACCCUGGGAUGGCUGUGCCUGUCCCCUGUGCUGGCCAUGCCUUGUCCCCUGCGCCAGCUGUGCCUGUACCCUGGGACAGCCAUGCCUGUCCCCUGCCCCGUCCCCUGUGCCAGCUGUGACUGUCCCCUGUGCUGGCCGUGUCUCGUCCCCUGCGCCAGCUGUGCCUGUGCCCCAAGGACAGCCAUGUCCCCUGUCCUGUCCCCUGCGCUGGCCAUGCCUGUCCCCUGCCCUGUCCCCCUCGCUGGCCAUGCCCUGUCCCCUGCACCGGCCGUGCCUGUCCCCUGCCCAGCCCCUCAGCCCCGCCCCCCCACCGGCCGUGCCCGGUGCCCGGUGCCCCGCGCCGGCCGUGCCUGUCCCCGUCCCCGCCCGCUCCCCCCGCACCCGGCUGCGCCCGG